AUGAACCCCCAGCACACAAUCCCAACCAUCAACGACAACGGCUUCAGCCUGUGGGAGAGCCGCGCCAUCCAGCAGUACCUGGCCGACAAGUACGGCAAGAACGACGACCUGUACCCCAAGGACGCCGCCAAGCGCGCCGUGGUGCACCAGAGGCUGUACUUCGACAUGGGCACCCUGUACCUGCGUUUCGGGGAGAUCUACUACCCCAUGAUGUUCGGAGGCGCCCCCAAGGACGCGGAGAAGGUGAAGAAGUUCGACGAGGCCCUCGGCUUCCUGGACGGCUUCCUGAGCGAGUCCAAGUGGGCCGCCGGUGACAAGCUGACCAUCGCCGACCACUCGCUCGUCGCCAGCAUCUCCACCGCCGACGCGGUUGGCCACGACCUCAGCAAGUUCCCCAACAUCGUCAGGUGGUACGCGGACUGCAAGAAGACCAUGGUCGGCUACGAGGAGGCGAACGCUGCGGGCGCCAAGGGCUUCGGCGACUGGUUCAAUAGCGUCGUGAAGGCCUAAAACUCUUCAAGAAAUCCAAGACCAAAAAGUUUAAAUGUGUGUGAGUGUGUGUGUGUGUGUGUGUGACAGCGUGUGAGCGCUCGAUAAAAAUAAAAACAAGAAACAAACACAUGUGUUUGUGUUCGCGUUUUUGUUGUGUUCCGACAGUAUUUUCAAUAAUUCCAUAAGUAAAUUUACACGUUUGUCAUAAAUAAAAUUCGGCACAAUAAUACUGA